CACCAAAACAAUAAUAUUACUGAGCCAAGCAGGACUUGGAAUUGGAACCCACGAGCACUGCCAUUUUGGGAAUAGAAAUCAUUCGUUAGGCAGAAACUCGCUCAAAAUGUCAUCAAAAACGACGGAGGGGCAUCAAUCUUUUGCUUCUUUUGAGCUGGAUCCUAGACUGUUGCGUGCAAUUGAGAAAAAUGGAUUUGAAACGCCUACUCUUGUUCAGUCAAAGGCAAUUCCUCUUGCUUUGAAAGGCCAUGAUCUGCUUGUGCGUGCUCGUACAGGUUCAGGAAAGACUGCUUCUUAUUUGAUUCCCAUCAUCGAGCAAAUUCUUCGGAAAAAAGAAAGCAAAAGUUUGACUACAGGUGGUAUUCUUGGUCUUAUACUUGUUCCUACUCGUGAGCUUGCUCAGCAAGUGAUGAAGGUUUUGGAAAAGCUCACGGCUUUUUGUAGCAAGAAUAUCCGUUUUACAAAUCUUGCAUCAAACGUAUCAACAGCCGUUCAAAAGCCAUUACUGCUUGACCUCCCUGACCUUGUUAUUGCAACUCCUAGUCGAGCUGUCGCUCACAUUACCGCUGGUAACAUGUCACUCAACGAACUAUUGUACUUGGUCAUUGACGAAGCAGACCUGGUGUUUUCAUUUGGCUACAAGGAUGAUAUUGUGACGCUUACGAAGUCUCUUCCACAGGGUUGUCAGUCUUUCUUAAUGUCGGCUACGCUGAACGACAAUACAGAUUCGCUGAAGGGUCUCGUGUGUCGCAAUCCGGUAACACUUAAAUUAGAAGAAAGCGAGGCUGAAGGACAGUUGACUCAGUACGUUGUGAAAUGUGGUGAACAGGAAAAGUUUCUUCUUGCAUAUGUGCUGUUCAAACUGUCUCUUAUUAAAGGAAAAAUUCUUGUGUUUGUAAACGAAAUUGAUCGCUGCUACCGCUUAAAACUUUUCCUUGAACAAUUCGGUAUCAAAAGUCUUGUUCUGAAUUCAGAACUCCCCAUUAACACACGUAUGCACAUUGUUGAUCAGUUUAACAAGGGUCUUUACCAAAUCAUCAUUGCUGCAGACGAAGGCGAACGUGAUGACGAGGGGGUAGAGGAACAGGCAAACACGGAAACUGAAGCUCAGUCGUCGGGCGAAUCAAAAAAGAGUAAGCAUGGUAAGAAGGACAAGGAGUAUGGCGUUGCUCGCGGUCUCGAUUUUGAGGACGUUGCAUGUGUCUUGAACUUUGACAUGCCCACAACUACGAAAUCAUACAUUCACCGUGUUGGUCGCACUGCUCGAGCGGGAAAACCCGGUAUCUCAUUAAGUUUCGUUGUGCCAAAGAACGAGGUUGGCAAACACAGGCCCACGACUCUCGCAAGCUGCAAAAAAGAUGAACGCGUGCUGCAUCGGCUGGAAAAGAAGGGCAUUGAACUUGCUCCGUAUAAGUUCAAUAAAGAGCAGACACAGGCGUUCCAAUAUCGUAUGGAAGACGCACUUCGUUCUGUCACCCGUGUUGCUGUGCAAGAAGCUCGUACAGCUGAACUUAAGCAGGAAAUUCUCGCGUCUGAGAAGCUUAAGUCGUAUUUUUCUGAAAAUCCAGAUGAUCUUGUUUCAUUAACCCAUGACACUGCGGCCAGUGUACGGAUGGCCCGCACACAAAAACACCUGAAGCAUGUUCCAGACUAUUUACUUCCCAAAGGCAAACAGGCAGUUGCUGCUGAAGUUGGUUUUGUUCCAUACACAAAACAGAACGGGCGUAAGCAUGUACAACGCUCUCGGACUCGUGGAAAACAACGUUACGAUCCUUUGCGUACGAUGCGUAGGAAAUAGUUCUGCUUUUAGAUGUUUGACUGGCGAUUCAAAAGUGUAGAUUGUUUUGGGAAAUGGGAUUGAUACGGUAGGUUUCAAUUUGUGAAAUAGAUUAUGCAUUACAAAACUACGUAGACUGUCUAACUGUAAAAUAUAUGUUCCUAUACUUAUCCGGAAGAGGCGUCAC